AUGAGGCUGCAUGAGAAGCGGAGCCGGUCCUUCCAGGCUCCCGUGGCCGUGCGCAGCUCCCCGGGCAGGCAGGUGUUCGUCUUCCCCAGCGGCCGCUCCGACUCGGAGGAGUCCUCGGAGGAGGAGCUGAACGCGACUGCGCUGCGGCCCCGGGGCAGGGAGCAGCCGCCCCCCCGCCCCGCCGGCACGGUGCUGCUGGAGAGGGAGCUCACAGAGGGGGACAGCCUGAACAAGCUGGCCCUGCAGUACGGGUGUAAA